GUUGUUGAAAAAUAAAUUAAUUACAAUUAUCAACUUUUAAAUAUUACCGCGGAAUAAACAACCAAUGGGGCUCUGGCGGAGGUGACGUCACGUAGAUUUAAAAUUUUUGAAACUUAUCUUCACUUCUUAAUUGUAAAAUGACUCCGAGCCAAUAUUAUAGGUUAUACGCAGUAUAAUAAACAAAUACAAAAUAUUUUUAAUUAGUUAUAAACCAUAUCAUAUUUUUCUGUAUAAUAAUCGUCAAUUAAUCAAAAUAGUUAAAUUAGGUAGCUUGCUGUGAUUCUGUGUUAUAUCUUUUUAAGUAUCAUCUUCAAAAUAAUGGCUACUGGCAACGAGUAUGUUUGCGAAUCCGACAGAGGAUAUAAUUUACACGAUUUGCAAUUGUACAAAUCUUACCCUAUUGGAAAUUAUCACCUGAGUGAAAUCAAAUUAAUGUGCUUACAACGAAUAGACGUUUUAUUGCUUGUAGAGAAGAUAUGUAGGGAAACUGGCCCUAAAAGAAAAGCUCGUCAGUGUAAAGCAAUAUUAUUAAGUGAAUUGGACAAAAUCAAUUAUGAUUCAUUUUUUAACAUUAUAAAUGGUCCUAGUAAAUUAAAAAUAAAUGAAAAAAUAACCUCUUUAAGAAUACAAGAUAAUGUUUCUCAUUUUGUUUUAAAAAUAAUUUGUUCUAUAAAACAUAGAAGAUGGUUUAUUGUUCAAGAAACAAGACUUUUUCUUUGGAGAUUAUUGACUUUGACUGACGAAGAGAUAAAGACAUUUUUUAUAAUUAACAAUAUCAAAACUUAUAGUAUUUCUGAACAAGAUAAAAUAGAUUUACAAGAAUUUAUUGAAAUUAGUAAUUUAAAUAAAAAUAUAAGAUUUUAUAAAGUCCCAUUUCAGGCAGUUAUAGAUUUAGUUGCACACCGCAAAGUUUUUAUUAGAAGUGGUAUGGCUUUUGUACCGGAAAAAGAAUUAGCCGGAUUAUGUUUUUGUUAUUUUAAAGAAAAUUUAUUAGCUGGAUACAAAACCAUAAUUCCAGAUGCAAAAGAUGCAGAAGUUGUAGAAGUUGUAGAAGUUACAGAAGAUGCAGAAGUUAUAAAAAUUGUAGAUGAUCCAGAAAUUAUGAAUUUACAAUUACACGACAUCUCUGACACCAUAAAUAAUUAUCUUGAUAUGCGAAGGAAACAUGCUAUGCAAGUUCACCAUGGUCCAUCUGGAAAUCAAUUAGACUCUUUAUUAUCAUCGGUUUAUCCAUUGUGCAUGAGAUUAAUCCAUGAAAAUUUUAGAAAAGAUCAUCAUCUGAAACAUGAAGCACGUUUACAAUACAUACUAUUUUUAAAAGAUAUUGGUGUUUCUCUCAAAGAUGCUAUGCAUCUAUGGAAAGAAGAAUUUACAAAAAAAAUUAGUAUAAAAAAGUUUGAAAAAGAAUAUGGAUACCGAUUAAAAUAUUUAUAUGGCGAAAAUAACACACAAAAACAGUACAGCUGCCAUUCGUGUGAUAAAAUUAUGAAUUCAGAUGUAAAAACAAUAGGAUGUUAUGGUUGUCCAUUUAAGACUUUAACAAGUGUAGCAUUGAGAGAAAAAUUAACUGAGUAUCAAUUUGAAGUUUUAGAUAUUGAAGAUAUUAUAAUUUUAUCAUCAUCGGAACAUUAUCAAAAAGCAUGUAUAAAAUAUUGCAAAGCCACAAGCAAUAAUUUUAGAAAUGAAAUAUUUUAUUCUCCUGCUGAAUAUUUUCGCUAUACUUUUAAUGGAUAUAACAGUAAUGAUGAUUCAUCUUAA